GGUUUUCUGUGCAGGUUGAGAUAUGAUUUCGUUUGGCGUCGUGUUGAUAUUCCUGCAUGUGAUGACUGCAGCCCGAUUGGCAUCUUCGUCUUGCUGCGCUGUCAGCCCACAUAAUCAAUUCGUUGGCAUUGCCAGCGGCUACCGUCUUAUUUUCAGCAGAGUGGGGAGGUGUCAAGGCUCUUGUACUUCGAACGCGAUAAGAGUUCAAACAGACGGCGGAAUCGACAAUUUUAGUGGUCCUCAACCCACCCACCCAACCGACUUGUUUCUCGGAUGUUCUCUUCUUACGAACCAUUUCAAUGUGAAGUAGCAAUUUGACAGUCUAUAUCCAAUCGACAUGUGGAAUGCGCACACGAUAAAGGUCCCACCCGUCGCUCCUUACUGCGGCGACAUCAUACGCAUUAAGUUUAAAUUCUGCGUCAGAUGUGCAGGUGGCGCCUCGUGGAACGACUGGAUCCACAUUUGGAAUCCUCGACCAGGUCAGGACCAACAGAUAUGGGGAUCACGUCUGCACUUUCUGGAUUCGAUUGGCAAGGACUGGGGAGUAUCUCUGUUUUACGCCUGCCAUGAAAGAACCUACACUGCAGGCGAUCCGGUCUUCAACUACAUCGCCCAGUACGGAGAGUUGAACGUCGCUCUACAGGACGACUCGACCUUCGAUUACACCCAACUAACUCUCUACUACGACACAACACCCAAGUCAUGCUAUCCUACCAAGACUACAGAGAAGAGUGAAGCCUUUCAAUUGUUUACCGGCUGGAAACAGGUCAGUCUGGUUGACCAUCUGGAAUGUGGAUGCCAGGGGAGUAGAUUGUGUAGACGACAUUCCAUGAAACAGACUUUCUAUAAAAAUUCUCUUUACCAAAAAGACAUCGACGUCGGCCGAUGCCUCGGUCCUUGCUCUUCCUACGCUGGUGCUGCACGAUCCUGUCGAGCUCUAAAAACCACAUCUACGACAAUCAACGGUCCCAACGGUGCUCAGUGUGUUGAGGUGAUAAAAUCAUGUGCGUGCAGUGCGCAGUGCUACAAGAAAUCUCACUACGAGCAAUACGUAGAGAGCAACCCUUCAUCUCAGACCGAACGUAUCUUGAAUUUCGACGUCGGUAAGUGUGUCGGUCAGUGCGGCUCGUCGCAGCAGAGUUGUGUUCCAACUGCAUUUAAAAUAUUGUCCAGCUCAAUCCUUCUACGCGACGGGACCACCAAGAAAAUCCAUGGCGUCACAUCAUGUGGUUGUCACAGCUAGAGUCCUUGGGGUCGACGCCAUGCUUCUGAGAAAUGGAUGAGGCAACAUCAGGAACUCUAUUGUACUCGUGAAGACAUUAUAAAAAAGCUAAGUUUACGGCCGUAAAGGUCUUGGUUUCACAUUUAGCCCCAAAGUCACGUGAUUUGGUUGUAACGCGUGUACACUGUAUCUAGACUCGUUUUUGUGGCUCUGUACAACAUGGUCGUAAAUUAAAAGUCAGAAUGAUUCAU